AUGACCGUAAUACCCUCUUCGGAACAACCUUCGCCUUGGCUCUGCUAGAGUUUUCGCCGCCAUGGAGCAUGGGCCAAGCGCCACGUGUCAGGUUCUUUAAGAACCACCGUUUAUAUCUGCUACCUCUACCUUUUCUGUUUUCUUAUGUCGUGGGUAAUGGCUAACCAAUUUGCCAAACGCUUCUUACGCAAUCUCUACUAUACCAACAUUUUGAUUAAAAGACAGAAACUUUAUGGUAGAUUUGUGUACGGUAUUCUUAACCGGUGUCAGUCACAAUGGUCAAAAGCAGACGGAAUAAAAGAACUAAACAAAGAGAAAGAGGCAAAAGAUGCGGCUCAAGUUUCUUUGAAGCCUGAAGUUAAUGAGAAAGCAGGUUAUGAUACCAGAUUAUUCAAAUAUAGUUCCGGUGAUGAAGAUUAUAUUGGUGAUACCAAGUGGAAAUUAGAGCUUGCUUGGCUCACAAAGGCUCUUGAGCCAGCUCUUCAAUUGUGUAGGUGGGCUCUGCCAAUAGGAAAUGAUGUAGGAGAUAAAGCCCCACCUAGCACUCGAUCUGUUUCAGAAAUCAUAUCAAGCAUUCAGCGUAGUAAAAUUGGAAUUGAAGGUUGGAGCUUGAGUGAUCUUACCAUAGGCCUAUAUCUUAUUUACCUUCAGCAGGCGUCUUUGAAUCCAUUUGAGGAUGUUAAUGGUGUAAAGAUCACAUCGGAUUCAAUUGUCCAAGAUCUGAUAUACCAUAUUGAAUUAGCAAAAGGAUGUUAUAAGGAUAAUGCUGCCAUCCUUGCAAGGACCAGCAUGCUUAGAGAAUGCAAUGUUUUGAAAUUUGUAAAGAACUCCAGUGUAAUGAGGCCUGGAUAUUAUAUAGGAAUUGAUUCCCGGAAGAAACUUGUAAUAUUUGGAAUCCGUGGAACUCAUACUGUUUAUGACCUUAUAACUGAUAUUGUUUCUUCAAGUGAUGGAGAGGUCACAUUUGAAGGCUAUUCAACUCACUUUGGCACAGCUGAAGCUGCUCGUUGGUUUCUUCACCAUGAAAUAGGAACGAUAAGAAAGUGCUUGGAGAAAUAUGAGGGAUUUAGGUUAAGGCUGGUGGGGCAUUCUCUUGGAGCUGCAACAGCUUCUUUACUAGCAAUAAUGCUACGUAAAAAGUCACAAAAGGAGCUGGGGUUUAGCCCUGACAUUGUCUCUGCUGUUGGAUAUGCAACUCCUCCUUGUGUUUCCAAAGAACUUGCUGAAAAUUGCUCUGAUUUCGUGACAACUAUUGUAAUGCAGGAUGACAUUGUCCCUAGACUGAGUACAUCAUCUCUAGCAAGGCUGAGGAAUGAAAUUCUUCAAACAGACUGGAUGAGUGUGGUGGAGAAAGCAGACUGGAAAAACGUAAUAGAUCUGGUUACAAAUGCAAAACAGGUUGUAUCCUCUGUACAAGAUGUAGCUCGGAAACUUGCUGAUUAUGCAAAUUUCAAAAGCAAGAAAGAAUUUUCUGACAGUCCCAUCGAAAAGGAAUCAACUUUGGUCCCUUUGGCCUCUAAAUCGAAAAGGACAAAUGUUGCUGAACUUCAAAAAGAUGAAGGUGCCCGUGCAGUGCCAGAGGAGUUAUUUGUUCCAGGGACUGUUUACUAUCUGAAGAGGAAUAUAGAUAAUCGUGCUGAAAGCAGCAAUAACAGGGGCGGGGAAUAUUUCAGUCUUUGGAGGAGACAUCCAGGUGAACAUUUCCAGAGGAUAGUGCUCUCAAGCAACUUACUCUCAGACCACAGAUGUGAUAGCCACUAUUACGCUUUACGAGAUGUACUGAAAGGUUUGCCUAUGUCCCAUGAUGGAGGCAUUUAGAUAGGAUCAUGCUAAACGUUUUAACUUUUUUAACGAUCUGUAAAUUGUCAAUAAUCGUAUGUUCAUAUUUAGGCAGUUCCAUGCAUUUUUGCAGAGAAAGGUAUAGUGCAGGGGCAAUUAUACCGUUUGUAAUGUGUUCAUUAUCCAAUUGAUCUUUAGUAUUGGUAAAA